AUUUGAAAUUAUAUAUUCGUUUAGUUUAGUGAAUUGUUGUUAUUGUGUGUACCCAUGCAUGUUCUGUUUUUAUGUGUAAAUAUAGUGGUUAUUACUGCUGUUGCUUCUGCUAUCGCCUGUAUCACUUUGUGGCUGCUUUUACGCCUAUUGUUAUUGUUAUUGUUGUCGUAGUUUUUAAGAGGAUUUACACAUUUGUUCUAAUGUAGAUUGAAUUGUAGGACGGCCGCAAACAAGUACAACAGAAACCACAGAUAUGUGUACAUAUGUACAAAUGUACAAACACAUAUACAAUUAUAACGACAAUAGGCAAAACGAGAGGUUGUUUUUCAGCUAACAUACAAACACACAUAAACAGCGCUUUUAUUCAUUUUCAUAUUAAACGACAACACGACAGUCACGAAGUAUUUUGUAUUUUAGCCUACGCGAUCAAUGAGGAGCACGAGGACCGCUCAGUCGUGGUAAUGGUGUCGUAAACGCGAGUUCAAUCAUCACAUUGUACGAAAGUUAUGUUAAAUAAGUGCGGGGAAAUUUUUUUUGCAAAUGAUUAUAAGAGUCAAGAAUUUAUUGAUUAAUCAAGAAAAACCCUGAAAGUGAAAAGGAAAUAUUCCCCGAGAAAAAAGCAAAAAAAAAAAAAGAAAAGAAAUGAAUGCUCUUUGAAAAAGCAAAUAUGUGAUAUUUCAGUGUUUCGUUGAACGCAUUUUCGAAACCUGUUCUACGAAAUUAUUAAUUCAAAGGAAGAAAAAUGUAUGCAUAUAAAUUUUUCCUAUUAGAUCAUUCGUUAUCGUUAGUCGUGUUUGAAAGGAUCUUUCUACAAACCUGCUUGUAAAAUAUAACUGAAAACAGUGAUCAUAUCAAAAAUAUGAUAUAAAGCUUUAAAAAAAUAUUGUGGAAAUGAAAAGCUCCUCUAAGAUAAAAAUAUAAAAACAAAGGCUUGCAUUCUGUUAGUUUUAUUCCUGAAAGUGGAGUUAAAAAGAGCUUUUGAAAAAAAUGUUAUGAGGAAAAUUUUGUUCGCUCUAAUAUUUGCCUGCCUCAUCAUCAAUAAAUGAAUAGAUAAACCCAACGCGUAUGCAGCGAACGCUUUAAACUCUCAUUUUACUGGCGAAAGCGGUUUAAAGAUUUUUUCAGAAAGAGAAUAAAACAAAAAAAAGCACAGUUCAUUUUGCAAAUCCUUUUUAAAAAAGGUAAUAAGAUUACUGAAUAGUGGUAUAGUGAUUACUGAAUAAAAAUAAAACGGCAUCCAAAUGAAGAUGACACCUCAAAGAUUUUGCCUAAGAUGGAAUAACCAUCAAAGUAAUAUGCUGUCAGUUUUUGAUCAGCUUUUACAUGAAGACCAAUUUACGGAUGUGACGCUAGCGGUGGAUGGACGCUAUCUUACAGCGCAUAGGAUGGUUCUUUCUGCCUGUAGCCCAUACUUUAAUGCCUUGUUUAUAAAUCAUCCUGAAAAGCAUCCAAUAGUUAUACUAAAGGAUGUUCCUUAUGCGGAUAUGAAAGCUCUGCUUGAUUUCAUGUACCGGGGUGAAGUCUCCGUGGAUCAAGAACGCCUUACCGCCUUCCUUAGGGUGGCAGAAAGUCUACGUAUUAAAGGCUUAACAGAAGUUAAUGAUGACAAACCAUCCGGAGGAAACACUCAUAACAAUGAACCCACACCACAACCCCCUCAAUUACAGCGCAUACAACCAUAUGUUGUACAACAACAACAGCAACGCCAAAAACUAUCACAUCAAUCCGCCAAUUCCGUAAAUUCCAGCAAUAUCGCCGCUAAUAGUACGCCACAGCCUCCUUUCUCGCAACAACAGCAAUCCCUACUUAGCUCAGCAUUGGCUUCGAUGCCGAAACGAAAACGUGGCAGGCCACGCAAAUUAUCGGGCAGUUCGAAUGGUGAUUACGAUGAAUUCGAACGGGAGGGAGGUCUAGACUCAGAAAUGGGCGAUAGUAAAAUGUGUAAUGAUUCAUAUUCGGGUAACGACGAUGGGUCCGAUGACAACCAGCGCGAUCCCGGUCAUAACGACGAUUUAAAUGAAAGCCGCGAUUCUGUACCUCCCGCCAAGAAAUCGAAACCAGUCAAGGAUACUAGAAACCAACAACCACACCAACAACAACAACAACAACAACAACAACAGCAACAAGAUGACAGCACUUCCGUUCAAUUAAUUGCUCCGGAAUUAUCGCAAAGACUGUUUGGUUCGAAUAAAAUGAUUACCAUUAGCAAUACAACAAGUUCAACGACGCCGGCAACAUCGCCAGCAGCAGCAAUUCAUACUCCUGCAAAACAUGCCAUGAUAACUUUGGUUUCGCAACAACAGCAGCAGCAGCAGCAGCAGCAACCACAACAAAGCCAUCUGACGACAGUCAAGGACUUGAAUGAAGCGAAAGGGCAUUUAACUGCGACAGCACUGGGAUUGAAAGUGAAGACCACACUGCAGACUGCAAUGCAAGCCAUAACUACAAGCACCUCCUCAGUGGCAGGAAAUCCCAACUCAUUAUUAAAGCAACAAUUAAGAGCUGGCUUGCGAAUAGAUUUUAAUGACGCUGCAGCGACAACCAACGCUACUUUGCCGAAUGUGCAAUCAUCCGCUAAUGUUCAUGAAACUCAUGAAGCCUGUUCGGCAUUGCAAUCGCUAGCAAACGUAGCUGAACGUCAAGCACAAAAUCAUAUACAGCCCCCAACAGCUAACAAUUUGCAUCAUCAGUUUUUAUUGCACAUGGCUGCUAACCCUAUGUUAAAACAAACUGGGGAGUAUUUCCAACAGCAGCAACAGCAAACACGGUUGCUGUUAAGAGAAGAGGAGAACAAUAUUGAUUUGUUAAUGGAUCAAAGUGAUAAGUCCGAUCCUGAAAUGUUAACAUUAGCCGAUGAGAACGCUGGUUUAGAUUAUAGCGCUAGCACCGAAAACGUCCAACGAUCUGACAAAAAUAAAAGUCAAGAAAGUUCUAAUAAUAACAACACCACUAACAAUCAGGAUAAUGGUGCGAUGAAAUCGGAAAAGUCCAAAAAUAAUACGCGCUCGAAAAAUUCUUCUGGCAAACCUAUACAACGCCGCCGUAUAAGACGUAAGGCCCAGUCAACCAUAGACGAUCAAGCCGAGCAAUUAACUGAGAUGUCAGUGCGGGGAUUAGAUCUAUUUCGCUAUGCGAGUAUCAACGAAGGCGUCUAUCAAUGUACCGAAUGUGCUAAAGAAAACAUGCAGAAGACGUUUAAGAACAAAUACAGUUUUCAAAGACAUGCUUUCCUUUAUCAUGAAGGCAAACAUCGUAAAGUCUUUCCGUGUCCCUUGUGUGGCAAAGAGUUCAGUCGACCGGACAAAAUGAAAAAUCAUAUGAAAAUGACACAUGAGUCAUUUGUGAGUAAAGAAAUACAGAGCUUUAAUCCUUUGAAUUAUCUUAUAACGGCUGCAGCGUCUGGAGAAAUACAAGCAACAUUUCCCCAGCUGUCGCGACCGCCUCCUUCGCAAGCAUCGAAUAAUAUAACAGCAACUUCUGGUCAAAAGCAAAGCUCAGACAAUAGCGGCACUCAAUUGAGUGUAUUGAUCGGUAAUAAUAACGAUUUAAAGGAAGGCAAGACUUUAAACAGUACGCAGGACAGCAAAAAAGUAGCCAAGGACGUGAUGAUGAUGACAGAAACAGAUAAUUUCAAAUUUCCCACCGAUAUUGAGAUUAAGAAUGAAAUAAUUAUAUCCCCCUCGCCAUCACCACCCCCAGCAUCUUUAUUACCAUCUGUUUCAAUGUCAUUAUCAUCACAUUCGACACUGCAGCAGUCUACGGCUGUGGCAUUCUCAUUCGGCGAUUCACUCAAUCUACUGAAAACAUCGUCCACAGCACCAUCAGCACAAGCAGCUCAAAUGCAAAAUGCACAAAGACUAGAAGAAGUGAAAUAAAAUUUAAAAGUCAGUAGAUAAAUAUCUUAAGUUUUCUUACUUAGUUACUAAAAUACAGACCUGUAGUUAGAACCACCAAGACUUGAAUUGUUAAUAUUCUAAUUUAAGCGUGUUUAAACAGCAACAAUAAGUGAAACUAUUGCACAAAAAAAAAGCGAACGAACUAAAAUCAACUAUAGAUUAGGAUGAGAGAUAGAUUUUUAAUCGUUUACAUUUAAUUUUUAGAUUAAGUUAAAGUAGUUCAUAGCAAAACGAUUACAGCUUCACUGAAAAAUUGACCUUUUUUAAUUCUAAUUCCGUAUAAGUUCCCCACUUAACUUAUCUUUCCCUCGACUCCAUCAAUUAAAUUUGGUCACAAGAAAGCCAUUUCUUGGUAGAUGAAUCUUUGUAAAAACUCCCUAUAACCCAUAAGAAACAUGUACAGCAACACAACCUAAUUUUGACCUGCGCUCUGAACUGUACCUAUAUCGCGCAUAACGACACCGUCCAGUUCCCUGAUUACGUAAUAACUGUAUCAUAUUUUUUCUAACAAAAAUUUACUUUUAGUUGCUAAGUGCCUUAAUUAAGAGAUUAGAAACCAUUUAUCCCCCCAUGAAUAAGCGGAGCAUAUAAUUGGCUCAUUGAUUAACGUAAAAUCCAUAAAGGGCUUAUAAUUAGAAAUAUUUAUCGCGAAAGCAACCGAUCCGCAGAAGCAACAGCGCAAGUGCCUAAAAGUAUAAAGAUUUUUCUUAAUUUUCUCUUUUAGAAUGUAGGAUAUUCGGCAGCUAUACUCAAUUUAUUGCACUCUACUUUUUGUAUUGAGACAAACUUAGAUAUGACAUAGAGCAUAAGUGACAUAUAAAUGACACAAAUUGCAUGAGAGCGUUUCUUGUUUUUUAUACGUGAACUUCACAAGAAGAAAAAAGACGAUUCCCUUAGAAGAUUUAGAUCAACAUUUAAAUCCUUUAGCCCCUUUUUUAUUUUACUGUAGCUGAGCAGAGUCAGUUUGUUUGCCAUUUUUAUUUACAUUUGAUUCUCAAAAUCGCCUGCUUGCCAGACUUUGCCGUGAAUUUGAGAGUCAAUAAUUAAGGAAGACCGAUAUUGUUCAGACUUUUACCCUAGUCAAUGAAAUGUCUCUUACGCCUGCUUCUAGGUUCUCAACUCCCAAUAACAAAAUUAAUAGAUCGCUAAACUAAGCUCUAAAUGGUGCUUUAAAAGGCGCAACUGCUUUUUCGGUUAAAAGCUUCAUUUUUAAAGCAAAUUUACAGUUUCAAUUAUAAUUUCAAAAAAAAUGUUUCUAAAAAGAGUUAUUCUAAUAUUUUUUUUAUUAUUUUUGUUAUAUGCAGAAAAGAUUGUACAGUUUCUAAACUAAAUUUUAUAAUUUAUUUAUAUAUUCUGCGUUUAUGUACAUAUUUUCAUUUUUCAUUUUUACUUGGAUAAAAAAUAAUAAUACUAAGGGAUCGAUCGAUAAUAAGCUAUCAGAAACGUAGCAUUAUUUUAUAAUUGUUAUUGAAUAAUUGUGAAUAGAAAAAAGGCCGAUAUUCCCUCCCACCACCGAUAGUUUAAAGUCCACCGCCUUUGUAAUUACGUUUAUAAAAAAAAUGUUGUUGCUGCAGAGAUCCGUAAUACUGCAUAUAUACUCGACUACUAUCAAUAGCUGGACCGACUUAAGCUAUGCCAUCUGUGCUCAUUGGUUACAAAAUAUCAUUAACAUUGAUAUAAAAUUAUGAAAGUCGACUCCUAGGAUCCUGUCGAAUUUAAAAACGAAUGGCACUGCAGUACGUGCGUUUGAUAAUAAACAAAAUAUUGAGGGCUAUAAAGAAAAUGUGGCAAAUUGUACAUAUUUACAAUACAGAGUAGCACGUAAUAUAUUAUGUAAAUUAAAAUUUUCCUUUUACGGCCUUUUAAACAAAAUGACACAGUCAAUGUUAACAAAAAAACUGCCCGAUGCAGUAAACGUAUGUGUAUGACAAAGAUUUCUUAUUUGUUUUAUUGCAUACGUUAUUUAGUCUAUAAAAUAAUUAUCCGUCCUUAGUGUGUUAAUUAUUUUUAAUUCAUUCAUCUUAUUAUUUUCUUUUUUGUUUUCAUUUUGACAAGAAAUUGUUACUUAAUUAUUUUUUAAACAAAAUGCUUUUACUUUUACUUUUUGCAUUCGAAAUAUUUGAAAACUAGAAGUUUUACAAGCACAAUAUCUCCCUAUUUAACUAAGGGAAUCCCCAUUUAGCAAAUCUAUCCAUUUGCCUCUCUUUUAAGCUCACAAGCACAAAACUUUAAUUUCUCUUACUUUCGUCAAGUUAAACUGAAAAGUCAAUUAGACGAUGAUUCCACAGCAUUGGAAGUAUCAACAAUCACGUUGCACUGUUUACUCUUUCAAUCGAUUAUGCUAAGUAUAUUAUUCGUAAAUUUUCUAAUCUCUGGAUACGUUGUGCUAACUGCGUGGUUUCGGGCAUAUUAUGUUAUACUACGGCUUUUUAUGAUGACAUAGGCUCUGCUCUAUUUUUACGCGAUUGCGAAAUAACAUUGUGCAUCAACAAGUACAAAUACAUUUUUUUACACGAUUUUUUUUGGUCUAGCACGAAUCCCAAAGAAAUGUUGUUUUUAAUUCUAAUUUUGACAGUGUCUUACAGAAACGUACGUGUGCAGCAAUUGUGGAACUUUGUGAUCAGAAGUCGGUUAGUGACUCGAUCUAAUAUAAGGAAUGUCCGAAUUUUGUGAUUAUUUUUCGUUUGAAUCAAACCUGACAUAUCUGCUGAUGAUAGCAUUUUUAGUCCAGUCCGUAGAGAACGUGCACGCUUGCUUUCAAGUAGCGAUAAAUAGUUGCAAAAUUGAUUUUUAUCGGAAAUUUCGAUUUACAUUUUUUUAUUUUAUACUAAUGGACUAAAUUUUCACUCUAGAUUAACUUUAAUUUUUGUUGUUGUUUGAA